CAGGCGCUCAAUCAGGUCAAUCAUGUCCAAGCAAUUCAUCCCGGUCAACCAACGUACAAACAUGACCAAAACCAGGUGUUUGCGAACUUGUAACUAGGACGGAAACUCUUGCAAGAGUCUUCUAAGAUAUCCACCAGAUUUCACAACGUUAACCGUUGCUUCUGAACGUUCAAGCACACCAAUUGUCCCUCAAUCCACAUGCGUAUUCUCACUAAGUGUCUCUAUUUCACUAAAUCAUGACCCAAGACCUCGGCGGGGCAGCAGCAAAUGAACAUUAGCGAUGUCCUAGAAGCAUCAGCGAUCCAGGGAGCGGAAAACUUUUCGAGUGAUGCUGCUAAACUCUACCGCUUUUCUACAACCAACACCAUGCCCGCAUAUCCCGAAAUUUUUCAGGUUGUUUGUGUGCUCCAACGUGCCAGCACAGAGCUCACCAUUUUCUCCCAUGAGCUGGGUGAAAUAGUUACAAUAGCAUACCCACAUGGGAGUGCUUUUUGUGGACUUUUGACGGAGCACUGCACUCCAGUCCGCUUCGACACCAACCAUCAUGGUCAUGCAAUGGCUUAUUGCCAUCAGUCUCCUAGUGAGUGCGGUUUCUCAUUGAAUAUUAGCAAGGCACGAGAGACUGCCCUAUACGAAUCGGUAUAUACCGAUGUCCUUACUCGAGUGUAUCUUAACCAUCCACGGCUUGUGAAUCUGCGUGAUUUGGUACUGCGAGUGCAUCGCGACCGACUUACAGCAAUGCCCAGCGAACACGCCCAGCUUUUCCCCUACUUUGAGGGCUAUUGCGGCACCCCCAUCUCAGGAUUAGCGCCGUCACAGCGAGGCGGCGCUGUCCGUAACAUUGCAUCUUAUCAUUGUCGUCCAAUCUCAGCUUUGAAUAUGCGUCAACAACGCAUAACUCACUAUAUCCGCAGGCAGCCUGUCCCUCCUGUGGAUGAACUUGCAAGUCUGUCAUUGACGGAACAGAACGCACUGCGUUCGCUUGCCGACGGCAAAGGUAUCACGGAGUACGAGCAUAUUGGACUAUUAGAGUUGUGUGGAGGUUGUCAAAAAAUGUUCACAGCCAGUGCAUUGCGGUCUGGUUUACCUUACAUGUCGAACACCGGUGACUGGAGUCCUGGUGUGUUAUAUAAUUUGCUGCUUGCACGUACCUUGUUUUCGGAAGCUUUUGGGAGCUGAUCUACUUCGGAACAGUAACAGGGCACUCAUCACUCUGUCCAGGGUAGCUGAACGUCCUGUUCCUCGACCUGGGCGUCUAGGAAAAUGAGGUAGGUUUGACACGGUGAUGUAACAUAAAAUGCAUAAAAUACGCACAUCUGUAGCUUAGAGCAAGAGACCCCACAGUUCCUCCCAAAGUCCACAUUGACCGUGCUCAACGCCAUCAACGUCAACCUCCAGUAAAAUGUCGAAGCUCAUUCCAAUCACUAAACCCAUGCAAGAGUUCAAAGGCCAUGGAGAACGCGUAAUGGCAGUC